AUGGCAGAACCUCCAAAUGGAGAAACAACAGUGGCUGAACAAGCUGCUGCAUUGGGUGAGCAAAAUGCACCAAAGACACCUGAGAAGAAAGAAAAUGAGUCAAGGAAGGAAGCCACAAAGAAAGCUACACCAAAGAAAGCCACUACACCAAAGGCAGCCACACCCAAGUCACAUGCUAAAGUUAAAAAGGUACCAAAGUCACAAGCAAAGGCAAAGUCAACACCAAAGGCAGCACCCAAAGCAGCUGGCAGCAACAAGCCAAAGCAUACAGAUGAGCAGUCAGAGCAGGAGCAGAAGAAGGAACCCCCAAAAAAGAAAGGAAAGGAAACUUUGAAGGACCAAGCAAUGAAAUGGGUUGACAAUUUAGACAAGCCAGAAGAUGAAGAGAAGGACAAUACCACAGAGGCAAAGGCUGAAGAGAGAGACAGGCAGAAGGCACAAAAGUUUAGAAAGCUUGAGAAAGCAGGUGCUUUGCCUGCAGAAGUGAAGGAGGCCUUUGAUAAAAAAGAGGGCAACAACUUUGUGAUGGUUCCCAAAGACCCUGCCUUCAAAAGGGUUCAAAAGCUGUUGGAUGUGAAGUAUGGAAAGGAAGAGGCACAAAGUUUCCCCUGGUCCAUCAUGCUCUAUGACAAGUUUGGUGGCAACGAAAGUGCACUAGAGAAAGCUUUACAGUGUGGGGAUGUUGUUGUGACCAGCUACCAGGGAAAGGACUAUUAUAGCUACAACACUUUGAAGUCAGGCAGGAUGAAAAGUUUGGGUGAUGAAAGUGAAUUGAAUGAUGGCCAGCACAGCUUGGAUGAAAGCUCUCACCAAGUCAUUUCUGACUGGUUCAAGAGCUUGAAUGUUGGCUCACUGCAGCAGCAAGUGGAGGACUCAGCAGAAGCAGCAGGAGACACAGUUCUAGUUUUAACAAAGCCAAAGACUCAAGAAGUUGACUGGAACCAUGUUGAGAAGGUGUUGCAGUCAGCAAAGGCUGCUCAGGAAAAGUUGAUCAGGGAUGGCAUGAAGUUGAAGGAACAGGUGUUGGCAGCAAAGGAUCAGGACUUACUUGACACCUUCAAGGGCAGCCUCAAGGAUUUGCAGGACAAUGACAAGGAUUUGGACCACUGUUUGCUGUGGAAGGUCUGCUGGUUUGGUGUGAGGGUCACUGUGAGAGGUAUAUACUUUGAGAACACUUGGAGAUUUGCACUUUCAGGGUUGCACUUUGUAGGGGGCACUUUGAAGGUCACACUUUGA